AUGGGAAAUACGGAGAGCAACGUAGCCAGUGGAGUGAAGAAACAGACGGAUACUUCGUCCAUCUUGUUUUACAAAUUAGUCGACUUGAAAGGAGGAGGUUUAUUGGUAGAUAUGAUGAAAAGAGCAACGCAAACUAAACAAUACGCGGAACUGGACCAUGCACUAAGAACAAAGGUAGAACCGUAUUUGUACAACAAGGGUAAAGGUAAAUGGAUUCCAAUCGAAAAAUUGGUUUUGUUACGGAACAAGGAUCGUCCAAAGCACAAAAUGCUUCCACCGUUGAGAGCGAUGGAGAAUCCAGCUGAUUACGACAUAGAAAAAGAUAUGAACGAGGAAACGGAAUUCGAUGAAACGGAAAUAGAUAAGAGCAAGAACAGAUUAGUCUGUUGGAGUUUAAGCGAAAGGGGAGCCGUCGGGGAAACAAUUCUACACUUGUGUAUGUUACACGCUACUGCUAUUCACAUUGACCUAGCUAAGCGUUUGUUACGUUUUUAUCCCAAGCUUAUAAACGAUGUGUACAUCAGCGACGAGUAUUAUGGUGAGAGCGCGUUACACAUCGCGAUAGUGAACGAAGAUCCGGCUAUGGUAAAGUUCCUUUUGGACAGCGGUGCGGAUGUACACGAAAGAUGUGUGGGAAACUUUAUGUGCCCGGAGGAUCAAAAAGCAUCGAGAUCGGAUAGCGUGGAACACGAAUGGGUUUGCGUAAUUCCGGAAACGAAUUACAACGGAUAUGUUUACUGGGGCGAGUAUCCUUUAAGCUUCGCCGCGUGUUUGGGUCAGGAAGAGUGUUACAGAUUGAUACUCGCCAGGGGAGCUGAUCCUGACAAACAAGAUACGAAUGGGAACACUGUCCUACACAUGUUGGUUAUCUAUGAAAAAUUGGCUACAUUCGAUAUGGCGUACGAAGUGGGUGCGUCGUUGGCGAUCAGAAAUGCUCAACAUUUAACUCCUUUAACGUUAUCGGCGAAAUUAGCAAGGAUCGAUAUGUUUUUUCAUAUUUUGAAUAUCGAGAGAGAGAUAUAUUGGCAGAUCGGUAGUAUUACAUGCGCGGCUUAUCCUCUCUCGCAAGUCGAUACCAUCGACGUUACCACGGGAAGCAUCAGUCAUAAUUCAGCUUUGAAUCUAGUCGUGUUCGGCGAAAAGGACGAGCACUUGGAAUUAAUGGACGGUAUUCUGGUAGACCUGCUGAAUGCAAAAUGGAACGCAUUCGUCAAAUCUCGGUUCUACCGUCAAUUUUUUCUCUUUUGCUUUUACUUCGUCCUAUCAUUGAUCAGCUUUACCCUUCGGCCCGGCCCAGCGGCGACAUCGACCGCCUUCCCUGUCACAUCUCCCACCGAAUUGCCAACAACAUCUCCAAAGCCAGAUCAUAUUCUCCCAAACAUUAGCAGUAAAAUUAUUUCCCUUCUCUUUGAUAAAAUUCUUAAUAUCACCGCUUUCGCGUCGAACGUAAAGUUCCCUUGGAAUGUAACAGCGGCGCGUUUUGAUAAGCUGAAGCUCGAUAUUCUCACCAACUUAACGUCUAUCUUGAACAACGUUUUCUCGACAGACCGUCGAUUUCGUAACGAGAUCGAACAUUUUAAUUACUCUUAUAGGCCCCCUGUCCGAACAAUCGAACAUUUCUAUCCUAAAAACGAUACUACACCGGUGGAUUAUCUGAAAAUUACUAUCAACGAAACUCUCCUUUCCAUAAAUUCCACGAUAUUGUUCGGUGACGCCGUGUUGCAUGCUGACAAUAACAAACCCGACUGGUGGAACAAUCUUAUAGAAGAGUGUAGACUAAUGCAACUAACCACAUUAUCAGCAAAGAUUCGAUUGACCGCUGAGAUACUGAUGGAAAUUGCUGCUGCCCUUUAUAUUCUUGCGGCAUUGCGGGAGGCUAGAUUUUUGGGUCUUAACAUGUUCAUCGAAAAUCUCAUGACUGCACCGUCGCGAGUAAUGUUCCUCUUCUCUUGUUGCAUAUUACUGUCUUUUCCAUUACUGAGACUGGCUUGUGCCGACCAAGUCGAGGAUAUGCUGGCAGUUGUCGUGAUGUUAACAACGGCACCAUAUUUCCUAUUUUUCUGCAGAGGUUUCAAAACGGUAGGUCCCUUCGUCGUGAUGAUUUACAGAAUGAUCAUGGGUGAUCUGCUUCGUUUUGUCUCCAUUUACUUGGUCUUCGUGAUGGGAUUUUCUCAAGCAUACUACAUUAUAUUUCUAUCCUUUGAUAAUCCGAAUACACCGGAAGGAGUAGAUGAUUCGGUGAGCAAUCCAAUGCCAUCGCCAAUAGAAAGUAUAAUGGCAAUGUUCCUUAUGAGUAUGACAAACUUCGGCGAUUACUAUGGCGCGUUUGAGAGAACGCAACAUGAGAUCGAAUCCAAGUUUCUAUUUGUGGUAUACAUGGCUAUCGUUGCCAUACUGCUGGUAAACAUGUUAAUUGCUAUGAUGGGAAACACAUACCAGAAAAUCGCAGAAACAAGGAACGAGUGGCAAAGACAAUGGGCACGUAUAGUUUUAGUAGUGGAAAGAGGAGUAAGUCCAGAGGAAAGACUUAAAAAAUUAAUGGAUUAUUCGCAACCAAUGUCCGAUGGCCGAAGAGCAUUAGUACUUCGAUUGAAUCAAUCGGAGGAGGACAAAGAAGAAAUGAAGGAAAUUUUAGAGAUGAAAAGAACUCAUGAUAGGCUGUAUAAAAAGAGGCAAAGCAACGUAGCAAAGAAUAUCGUAACCUCGGGGGAUAAUGUUAUUUUAUAA